UCGAAAAACAACCAAAACAAUACCAAAAAAGCUUGAAAGAUAUAGUUGAUUGAUUGAUAUUAUAUCAAUUUUUUCAAAUAUGGUGUGUUGUUGAAGUUGUUUAUUAUUAAAUAACAAUAAUUGCCUAACACUUGAGUAAAUUAUAAAGAAGGCAUCGACUAAGGCAGCCGAGGGUUGACUGUAAUGUGGAAAACCAUAUUACAAAUACUCAGUGAUACAUUGACCCUAUGCCAGCGUUUUUGAUGUUACUUUGAGGCACGGGUUUAUCUGUUUGUACGUGCUUAUCUCAGAAACUACCGUAUAUAUUUUCUUGCGGCUUACAUGCUCUAAUGUGAUCCAAUGGAUUAGUGGAUUGUUUGAGAACGUAUGUGGAUAAGUUAUAAAGAUUUAAAGUGAUGAUAAUAGUACAGAGAUCUUCAGGUUAACAAUAUGGAUAAGAUGGAGCAUGAAAUACAUUGCGAGCAGCAAAGUGCCAGAUACUGGGAAUCUUUGCCUGAACAGUUCUGCAUGAUAUGCCUGGCCACCAGCGAAGAGUACAAGCUGUACCCAGCUAACAUGUUUAACUUGGAUGUGGAAUUUAAACAGUUGACUGGAAUUUCGUUGCAAGAUGACAUGCAGUUUGCGCCACAGUUUUGCUCAGAAUGUGCUCAGAGGCUGAGCAAUUCCAGAAAAUUCAGAGAGAAAAGUCUGAGGGCAUAUCAUUUACUGUUGGGAUUGUUUGAGAAGCAUAAAACGUUAACAAUGCAAAUUAUAAAGACAGUAGACAGAAAAGACAAGAAACUGGCAUCUAACAUAGCUAAGAAACUAUACCAACCGAACCACUGCGAUAUGUACUUGAUAGAAAUGAAAAGAAAUCAAGAUUUGACUGUGUAUCAAACUCAAGAAAACAAUGUAAAUACUGAUGAAACAAAAGUUUUUCAAAAUAAACCACAAGACACAGUUACAGAACUAGAAAUUAAGGAUGAAGUCGAAGAUCUACUUCCAAAUAAUGAUGCUACUGACAUUUUUAAAAAUGAAAUCGUCAAUGAGCCUACAGUUAAAAGCAACAGAAAUGAUUUGGAAUCAAGAGAUUAUGACAUUGAUAUUGAUGUUAGUGAUGAUAAUAUUAAUGAUUGUGAUACGGAUUUGGCUAAAGAUCAACAUGUUAAAAAAGAAAAUCUAGACACAAAAUCAGGCACAGUUAAAAAUGAUGCUAGAAAAAAAACAGCCACUCGUAAAGUUAAUGCUUUGAAAAGGAAGAAGGCAAUCAAAUCAGAAAAACCGAUUCGUGUCAGAAAGAGACCUGUCAAAAAGAUUUUGACUAAUGAUGUAAAAGAUGUGGUUGUUAGAAAAAGGAAGACUACAAAAAAGCCGCCAGUUAAUAAAUUAGACUUGAAAUCGGUCGAAGAGGUGAAACUAACUGUGGAAGAGCAAAAAGCUGAAAUAGAAAAGCGAAAAAAUUUAGACAACUAUACGAAUUCGUGGUAUAAAUGUGAUUUUUGUUACAAAGGAUUCCACCGUUUGGAGCCUUAUAACGCUCAUAUGGAAAGACACACAGAUAAAUUUGGUUUAUUUGAAUGUGAAGUAUGCCACACUCGCUAUAGAAGCGAAAGGCUCAAAAGAAAACAUUUCAAUUAUAACCAUUGCUAUAUGUAUAAAUGUACCGAGUGUCCGUAUGUCACCACCCACCGAAAUUCGGCAGUCCUCCACCAGCGCUGGCAUGAUGGCAAAGUUUACAAAUGUAUUCACUGUGAUAUGAAGUUUAGUAAAUGCUCGACACUGAAGUCGCACGAGCGUAUAAAGCACCCUUCAGACUUCGUGUGCUCUCAGUGCGGUUUCUCUUUCAUCGGUGAGAAGGGGCUGCGGUCGCAUAUGGACAAGAAACACCCCUUUGACGACACGGAGAACUUAGCCGGUCCGUUGUGUGAGCCAUGCAACAUACGCUUCGCUUCCGAAGACGCGUACAUGCAACACAUGUUCGCGUCCCCCAAACACGCCUCUGCCGAACUACUCCGACCCAACUGUCCGCUGCAGAACAGAACCACCACUACUAAUCAAAAGCCCAUCGAUUGCGAACAGUGUGGUAUGAGACUGCUGGGUGUUCGCAGAUACGAAAUGCACUUUAGGGCGAAGCACCCGGACAAGACUCGCAGCCAGUUCCCGAAGGGGAGCCCCAAACAACCACGUGAUAAGUCCAGAGCUGUUAUGAAGUCCCGCCCCAAGGCUGUGUGCGAAAAGUGCGGGAAAGUAUACCCGACGUCGAGGCGUCUAAUUCAGCACAUGCAAAUGCACACUGGAGAGAAACUGUACAAAUGUACGAUAUGCGAUAAGGGCUUCACCACGAAUAUGUCUCUAAGGAUCCACGAGAUGAGGCAUAGCGGGAAGAACAGCUUCCAGUGUGAUGUGUGCCUCAAGGUGCUGUCGAACCCUGCGAACCAACGGCGACACAUGCUGCUGCAUGAAGACUCGAGGCCUCUCUACGAAUGCAGUCAUUGUGGCAAGUCCUUCACGAGCGCGGCUGGGCGCGACUUGCACGUGUCGCACGUGCACUUCCACGUGCCGCGGCCCAAGCGCAACCGCCGCGUCCGACGCGACAGAGCCGACGCGGGACACAGCGCCGACACUAGCGACUCGCGAGACUAGUCACUGUUACUCGUGUAAUAACACAGCCAAGACAAUAAUAAACUGUGGUUCAUAUGAAUAAGGUACCAGGAAAACAUAGGCUAGGAGAUCUUGUACCUGCGCAGUGGGCGAUUUUCAGUGGAUCACUAGCGACUCGCGAAACUAGUCACUGUUACUUGUGUAAUAACACAGCCAAGACAAUAAUAAACUGUGGUUUAUAUGAAUAAAGUACCAGGAAAACAUAGGAAGCUAGAUCUUGUACCUGCGCAGUGGGCGAUUUUCAGUGGAUCACUAGCGACUCGCGAGACUAGUCACUGUUACUGGUGUAAUAACACAGCCAAGACAAUAAUAAACUGUGGUUCAUAUGAAUAAGGUACCAGGAAAACAUAGGCUAGGAGAUCUUGUACCUGCGCAGUGGGCGAUUUUCAGUGGAUCACUAGCGACUCGCGAAACUAGUCACUGUUACUUGUGUAAUAACACAGCCAAGACAAUAAUAAACUGUGGUUUAUAUGAAUAAAGUACCAGGAAAACAUAGGAAGCUAGAUCUUGUACCUGCGCAGUGGGCGAUUUUCAGUGGAUCACUAGCGACUCGCGAGACUAGUCACUGUUACUCGUGUAAUAACACAGCCAAGACAAUAAUAAACUGUGGUUUAUAUGAAUAAAAUACCAGGAAACAUAGGCUAGGCUAGAUCUUGUACCUGCGCAGUGGGCGAAUUUCAGUGGAUCACUAGCGACUCGCGAGACUAGUCACUAUUACUUGUGUAAUAACACAGCCAAGACAAUAAUAAACUGUGGUUUAUAUGAAUAAAGUACCAGGAAAACAUAGGAGGCCAGAUCUUGUACCUGCGCAGUGGGCGAUUUUCAGUGGAUCACUAGCUACUCGCGAGACUAGUCACUAUUACUGGUGUAAUAACACAGCCAAGACAAUAAUAAACUGUGGUUCAUAUGAAUAAGGUACCAGGAAAACAUAGGCUAGGAGAUCUUGUACCUGCGCAGUGGGCGAUUUUCAGUGGAUCACUAGCGACUCGCGAAACUAGUCACUGUUACUUGUGUAAUAACACAGCCAAGACAAUAAUAAACUGUGGUUUAUAUGAAUAAAGUACCAGGAAAACAUAGGAAGCUAGAUCUUGUACCUGCGCAGUGGGCGAUUUUCAGUGGAUCACUAGCGACUCGCGAGACUAGUCACUGUUACUCGUGUAAUAACACAGCCAAGACAAUAAUAAACUGUGGUUUAUAUGAAUAAAAUACCAGGAAACAUAGGCUAGGCUAGAUCUUGUACCUGCGCAGUGGGCGAAUUUCAGUGGAUCACUAGCGACUCGCGAGACUAGUCACUAUUACUUGUGUAAUAACACAGCCAAGACAAUAAUAAACUGUGGUUUAUAUGAAUAAAGUACCAGGAAAACAUAGGAGGCUAGAUCUUGUACCUGCGCAGUGGGCGAUUUUCAGUGGAUCACUAGCGACUCGCGAGACUAGUCACUAUUACUGGUGUAAUAACAGCCAAGACAAUAAUAAACUGUGGUUCAUAUGAAUAAGGUACCAGGAAAACAUAGGAGGCUAGAUCUUGUACCUGCGCAGUGGGCGAUUUUCAGUGGAUCACUAGCGACUCGCGAGACUAGUCACUGUUACUUGUGUAAUAACACAGCCAAGGCAAUAAUAAACUGUGGUUCAUAUGAAUAAGGUACCAGGAAAACAUAGGAGGCUAGAUCUUGUACCUGCGCAGUGGGCGAUUUUCAGUGGAUCACUAGCGACUCGCGAGACUAGUCACAAUGAGUCAAAUUACACCAUGCCUCAAGGCUCAAAAGGUCUAGAAGCCAGAGCCGUGAAGCCAGUUGAAAAAUAUAUAUACCUUGUUCAUCGAGCUAAUUCACUAAUUUACUUUAAAAAACCGGCCAAGUGCGAGUCAGACUCGCGCACUGAGGGUCCCGCACUUGGGUAUUUUUCCAACAUUUUUCACGAUAAAUCAAA